AACACUCUAGAGAAUUCCUCACGCUUUUUAUUAAUAAAUUCCACUCCUCACUCCUCCCUUUCCAUCUCAACACUGCAAAUUCUAGCUAAUCAAUCGUUUUGCUCUCGUUACUCAAAUCUACUUUCAAAUCUCAAUUCCUCUUAUUCUUCAGCAUUUUUUUUAGCUAAUUUUAGAAAUGGAGGACGAUUUCGAUAUGCCGGCGGCGGCGGAGGGAAUGGACGAGGAUAUGGAUCUGCCGGAGGGAAGCAACUUCAUGAAGGUGGGAGAUGAGAAGGAGAUCGGAUCGCAGGGUUUGAAGAAGAAGCUUGUUAAGGAAGGUGAAGGCUGGGACACUCCCGACAAUGGCGAUGAAGUUGCUGUUCAUUAUACUGGUACGCUGGUUGAUGGAACCAAGUUCGACUCGAGCCGUGACAGGGGAGAGCCAUUCACGUUCACUCUUGGCCAAGGACAAGUUAUCAAAGGAUGGGACCUAGGUAUCAAAACUAUGAAGAAGGGAGAAAACGCCAUAUUCACCAUACCAGCAGAGUUGGCAUAUGGUGAAUCUGGUUCUCCUCCCACCAUUCCUCCAAAUGCUACUCUGCAGUUUGAUGUCGAGUUACUGUCGUGGGUCAGUGUGAAGGAUAUCUGCAAAGAUGGUGGAAUAUUCAAAAAGAUUCUCAAAGAGGGAGAAAAAUGGGAGAAUCCCAAAGACCCUGAUGAAGUGUUUGUUAAAUAUGAAGUGAAAUUGGACGAUGGAACUGUUGUUUCCAAAUCGGAUGGCGUUGAAUUCACAGUUGAAGAAGGUCAUUUUUGUCCGGCUCUUUCCAAGGCUGUGAAAACAAUGAAGAAAGGCGAAGCGGUCCUCCUCACAGUCAAACCACAAUAUGGGUUUGGUGAAAAAGGCAAGCCCGCCUCUGAUGGUGACGGAGCUGUUCCACCCAACGCUACAUUGAAUAUCACUCUAGAGUUGGUGUCGUGGAAAACAGUUUCCAAUGUCACAGAUGACAAGAAAGUAGUGAAGAAGAUUCUGAAAGAAGGAGAGGGAUAUGAGAAGCCGAAUGAAGGAGCUGUCGUUAAAUUGAAACUGAUUGGAAAGCUGCAGGAUGGUACUGUCUUUAUCAAGAAAGGUCAUGGUGAUGAUGAAAAUGAUCUUUUUGAAUUCAAAGUAGACGAAGAGCAAGUUAUUGAGGGGUUGGACAAGGCUGUGAUAGCAAUGAAGAAGGGAGAGGUGGCUCUCUUGAAAAUCGCCCCCGAGUAUGCAUUCGGUUCAUCCGAGUCGAAGCAAGAACUGGCUAUAGUUCCUCCAAACUCGACAGUGUACUAUGAGGCUGAGCUUGUCUCUUUUGUUAAGGACAAGGAAUCUUGGGACAUGAACACCGAGGAAAAAAUUGAAGCAGCUGGCAAGAAGAAGGAAGAAGGAAAUGCACUUUUUAAGGCUGGUAAAUAUCUGAGAGCCUCCAAGAGAUACGAGAAGGCUGCCAAGUUUAUCGAAUACGACACCUCUUUCAGCGAGGAGGAAAAGAAACAGUCCAAAGUGCUCAAGGUGACUUGCAACUUGAACAAUGCAGCUUGCAAGUUGAAACUGAAAGAAUAUAAGCAAGCCGAGAAGCUUUGCACCAAGGUGUUGGAGCUUGAGGGAACAAACGUGAAAGCCCUCUACAGAAGAGCUCAAGCAUACAUGAACAUGGCUGAUUUGGAUUUGGCUGAAUUUGAUAUUAAAAAGGCUCUUGAAAUAGAUCCCGACAACAGGGAUGUGAAGCUCGAAUACAAAGUUCUGAAGGAGAAGGUGAAGGAAAUCAAUAAGAAGGAUGCUAAGUUCUACGGGAACAUGUUUGCGAAAUUGACCAAGUUACAGACAUUUGAUUCCAACAACGCUACUCCUAAGGAGGUGGAGCCAAUGAGCAUUGACAGCAAGGCGUAAACUUGCAACCAUAUUCGGUUCUUAUAGAUCAGUGGAGCAAUAACUUUGUUUUCGUUUUUUUUUUUUUUUUUUUUGCGUCUUUUAUUUUUAAAAGAAAGAAAUGCAGUUUGAGUUCUCUUUGGAUGUGUGGUUAAGUGUAAGGUUUGAUUACAUGAAAAACUCAAAUAUGUGCUGAGUUGUCAUAA